AGCGCCGCGAACUCGCCUUCCCAGCUUGCCGCGCGGCAAGGGGGUGCAUCUCGGCGACCAGGAAACGGGAAAGAUGGCGGCUGUUCGGCGACGUUGAGGCCGCGUUGGGCGGUUCCGACUCAGGGUGAUGGCAGGAGAGCUGGCUGACAAAAAGGACCGAGAUGUGUCACCUUCUAAGGAGGAAAGGAAGCGCUCACGGAGCCCUGACAGAGAGCGGGAUAGGGACCGGGACCGGAAGUCUUCCCCCGCUAAAGAGCGGAAGCGGCACCGCUCAAGGGAUCGACGCCGCGGGGGCAGCCGCUCUCGUUCCCGUUCCCGUUCCAAGUCUACAGAGAGAGAGCGGCGGCACAAAGAACGAGAACGGGAUAAGGAGCGAGAUCGGAAUAAGAAGGACCGAGAUCGAGACAAGGAUGGGCACCGACGGGACAAGGACCGGAAGCGAUCCAGCUUAUCUCCUGGCCGAGGAAAAGAUUUUAAAUCUCGGAAAGACAGAGACUCUAAGAAGGAUGACGAGGAUGAGCACGGUGAUAAGAGGCCUAAGGUGCAGCCACUAUCCCUGGAGGAACUUCUGGCCAAGAAGAAGGCUGAGGAAGAAGCUGAGGCCAAGCCCAAGUUCCUCUCCAAAGCCGAGCGAGAGGCCGAAGCUCUGAAGCGGCGGCAGCAGGAGGUGGAAGAGCGGCAGCGGGUGCUUGAAGAGGAGAGGAAGAAAAGGAAACAGUUCCAGGACUUGGGCCGCAAGAUGUUGGAAGACCCUCAGGAACGGGAGCGUCGGGAACGCAGGGAGAGGAUGGAGCGGGAGACCAACGGGAACGAGGAUGAGGAGGGGCGGCAGAAGAUUCGGGAAGAGAAGGACAAGAGCAAGGAGUUGCAUGCUAUUAAGGAGCGUUACCUGGGCGGCAUCAAAAAGCGGCGCCGAACGAGGCAUCUCAAUGACCGCAAGUUUGUGUUCGAGUGGGAUGCAUCCGAGGACACAUCCAUCGACUACAACCCUCUGUACAAAGAACGGCACCAGGUGCAGUUGCUAGGGCGAGGCUUCAUUGCAGGCAUUGACCUAAAGCAGCAGAAGCGGGAACAGUCACGUUUCUAUGGAGACCUGAUGGAGAAGAGGCGAACGCUGGAAGAAAAGGAGCAGGAGGAGGCAAGACUCCGCAAGCUUCGCAAGAAGGAAGCCAAGCAGCGCUGGGAUGAUCGCCAUUGGUCCCAGAAGAAGUUGGACGAGAUGACGGACAGGGACUGGCGGAUCUUCCGCGAGGACUACAGCAUCACCACCAAAGGCGGCAAGAUUCCCAACCCCAUCCGAUCUUGGAAAGACUCUUCUUUGCCGCCUCACAUCCUGGAGGUCAUUGAUAAGUGCGGCUACAAGGAACCGACACCUAUCCAGCGUCAGGCAAUUCCCAUUGGGCUGCAGAAUCGCGACAUCAUUGGUGUCGCUGAGACGGGCAGUGGCAAGACGGCAGCUUUCCUCAUCCCGUUGCUGGUCUGGAUCACCACGCUUCCCAAAAUUGACAGGAUCGAAGAGUCGGACCAGGGCCCUUACGCCAUCAUCCUGGCUCCCACCCGCGAACUGGCUCAGCAGAUCGAGGAGGAGACUAUCAAGUUUGGGAAGCCCCUGGGCAUCCGCACCGUGGCUGUCAUUGGUGGCAUCUCCAGGGAGGACCAGGGCUUCCGGCUGCGCAUGGGCUGCGAGAUUGUGAUUGCUACCCCGGGACGUCUGAUUGAUGUGCUGGAGAACCGCUACCUGGUGCUGAGCCGCUGUACCUAUGUGGUUCUGGAUGAGGCAGAUCGGAUGAUUGACAUGGGCUUUGAGCCGGACGUCCAGAAGAUCCUGGAACACAUGCCCGUCAGCAACCAGAAGCCAGACACCGACGAGGCGGAGGACCCCGAGAAGAUGCUGGCCAACUUCGAGUCAGGAAAACAUAAGUACCGCCAAACAGUCAUGUUCACGGCCACCAUGCCCCCAGCCGUGGAGCGUCUGGCCAGGAGCUAUCUUCGGCGACCUGCUGUGGUGUACAUUGGCUCUGCCGGCAAGCCCCACGAGCGGGUGGAACAGAAGGUCUUCCUCAUGUCUGAGUCAGAGAAGAGGAAGAAGCUGUUGGCAAUCCUGGAGCAAGGCUUUGACCCGCCCAUCAUCAUUUUUGUCAACCAGAAGAAGGGUUGCGAUGUGCUGGCCAAAUCCCUGGAGAAGAUGGGGUACAAUGCGUGUACAUUGCAUGGUGGAAAAGGCCAGGAACAGCGAGAGUUCGCUCUGUCCAACCUCAAGGCCGGUGCCAAGGAUAUUUUGGUGGCUACCGAUGUGGCUGGUCGUGGUAUCGACAUCCAAGAUGUAUCUAUGGUUGUCAACUACGAUAUGGCCAAAAAUAUUGAAGAUUACAUCCACCGCAUCGGCCGCACUGGGCGAGCAGGCAAGAGUGGCGUGGCCAUCACCUUCCUCACCAAAGAGGACUCCGCUGUGUUCUAUGAGCUGAAGCAGGCCAUCCUGGAAAGCCCAGUGUCUUCCUGUCCACCCGAGCUGGCCAACCACCCAGAUGCCCAGCACAAGCCAGGCACCAUCCUCACCAAGAAGCGCCGGGAAGAGACCAUCUUUGCCUGACACAGCACUCUUCCCGUAGGCCUAAGGGCAUGAGCCGAAGCUGCCGGGUGCCUCCUAUCCCUCUCUCCAGACUCUUAACCCUGGGUCCUGGCAGCUUGGGUGACAGUCAGACCGCCUGGCCCAGACCUCCACUCUGGAGGCCUGAGCAUGGUGUUGCAAGAGGGGAGGAAGUCACCACCGGUGUGGCCCUGCUCUGCCCCUCCGGGGGCCUUUGUGAUUGUUCUGGGCUGUCCGCUCACGCCAGGUCAUGGGGGCAGCAGUGGGCACUACCCAUCCCUGCCCCUUGUCCUGGGUGAGAGCCUGGCUGCCUGGCUGGGCCCUCCUUUGGCACAGGUGGGACUGUGACUGGAAGCUGCAGCAGCGUCAUGGCCCUAGAUGACCCGGGGAGGGGGUUGGGGGGUUCUGGCACGGUGAGGACUGUGGAGCUCGGACUCUCAUCUUGACAGCUGCUUCCCCACUUGGAUUCUAGAGCAAGUUGAGAGCCUUUGGGACUGCAUGUCCCCAGGCCCAGGGGUGCUGUGCACUCCAGGCAUUCCUCCCCCAGGGAAUUUUUAGUAGAUGUGGGGACAGGGUGAGCUGGCUGUGUUCAUCUUUAAGUCACUGAGUGAAGUUUCUGUUUUCUAUUCUCUGAGAAGAUGAGUUUGUAUGUUCUGAGAAUAAAUAUGGGAAUAUUAA